AUGUCACAGCAUCCAGCUUACACUAUGGCAGGGAUCUGCAUGCUGGGAGGCGCAGCUGGCUUUGCCCGAACUCGCUCUCGUCCUUCCCUCAUCGCAGGCCUCGUCGUCGGCUCAGCAUAUGCACUUGCAGGCUACAGACUUCAGACCGGCGCAGACUAUGGUCACGAGAUUGCAGCAGGAGCGUCCGCCGUGCUCUUGGCCUCUUCCGUGCCUCGAUUCCGGAAAGGACCAAUACCGCAAGCCCUUGCCGUCACUUCUCUGCUGGCCGGAGGCUUCUACCUGAAUAAGCUGUACCGAGAUCGAGUCGGAUACUGA